CCUGGGAAGUAGGUUGUCCCUGAGUGGGUGUGGUCAGCCCUCAUGGUUCUGGGGUAGACAGAAGUUAGAGGAAGCACCAUUUUAACUGAAGAGCUAAAGCUGUGCCUACACUGAGCUGGCCUUUGCUUUUCCCCGCCAGGUACUAAUGUUUUCACAUCUUACUUUCAACGGUGUCCUGCUGCUGUUGCUACUGCUACUUGCAAGGUCUUUGGAAGAUGCAUUUAUAGUCGAGGUUGGUAAGAAUGCGUAUCUGCCCUGCAACUACAGUAUAACUGCCUAUGGGACACCUGUGCCUGUGUGCUGGGGCAAGGGACCCUGUCCUUUUUCACACUGUGGUGCCAAUAAUGUGCUUAGCACUGAUGAAAGAAAUGUGACAUGUCAGAAAUCCAGAAGAUACCAGCUAAAGGGGAAUUUCCUCAAAGGAGAUGUGUCCCUGACCAUAGAGAAUGUGACUCUAGCUGACGGUGGGACCUACUGCUGCCGCGUAAAAUUCCCUGGUCUAGGGAAUGAUAAGAAAGUAAACCUGGAAUUGGACAUUAGACCAGAGACUCAGACUCUGGGGACACUCCAGGAUAAAAGCCAAACACAAAUUUCCACAUGGACCAAUGAAAUGAAGGACUCUGGAGAAACCAUCAGAACGGCUGUCCAUACCGGAGUAAGAGUCUUUGCUGGGUUGGCCCUGACAUUCAUUUUUGGUGUUUUAUUCCUUAAAUCUUGGUAGAUCUUAUCGUUAAGAUCGGAGCUUUGCAAAACACGGUGGUCAUGAGGCCCCGAGGUGAAGACAAGGUCUGCAUCAUGGAAGACAGUCUUCAUGUGAAGAAUUAAGCCGCAGUUGCUCACUGAGAGUCUUCCUCCUAUGAUUGCAGCAAACAGCAACUGGAUAUGACCAUGCUGACCAUCUUUUAAUCUCCAGGGUCAUUUUCUGUGUUGGUUCAUCUGGUGUCUCCACUUUCUACCGUUAGUGGAGAGGAUGGACCUCUCUCUCGCUGUCUCUGCUCACACUCGCUGUUAAUAUCAUGCUUAGUCUUGCAAGUCACUGGGGGGAGUGUUCUCUCCAAACAUGGACACUUCAGAAUUUAAUGUUUUCUUUAGACCUUGUGCCCAUGAAAAACAAUCAUUGGUAAUUCAGGAAAUGGGUUUCUAUCUUAGUUACCAAAACCAUCUGUAAGAGAGGAAUAGGAUUAUAAAAUUAAAGGGGGGAGUAAUUAAUUUAGAAGUACUCUGUGAUUAUGUCUUGUUUAUUUUAUUGGAACUCAAAAUGACACUUUCCUUACCUUCCCGGAGGGACUCAAA